GCGCGAGAAUCGAGACGAACCGAAAAAUCGGGAGGUCUUGGAAUCCCCCCGGUGGUGAUAUCAUGUGAUAGCCAGAUAUCCAAGGCGAUAGAACGUAGUGAAAAUGUCCGGGGAACCGCCAAAUUGUUCCGCUUGCUCCUCGAUAUCUGAGCGCGCGAAACUCAUCAAUGACCUGAUAAAAAAUCAGCACGAAAUGGUCAGCUCCCUCAUACAUGAACGCAGAGCAUCCUCGUCCGCGAGGACUAUUGUCGCCGAAUUGAAGCGCCAGAAUGAAUUCCUCAGUCAGGAAUGCAGCAAAAUAUCAGAUGAAUACCGAAUAGCUCUGGAGAAGGUCUAUCCUCUCGAGAAGCGCGCAACAGAGGUCGAGACCGAGUUGAACGCGAAGAGAAUCGAAGUCGAGUCCUACCGCGUGCAGCUGGAAAUCGCCCAGAACGCACCGCCAAAAGCAUCGACGGAGAUGGAAUCGAAGGUCUCCCAGAUGCAGCUCCAAAUCGAUCAGCUCCAAAGCAAAGUCAGACGUCACAACACGCAGAAACGACAGAGCACGCGAGCCAUGAAAAAUCUGAUUCGGCUAAAAUCUGCACUCGGAAACGAUGAGGUUCUGCGUUCGAUCGAGAUUCUGGAAGCAGCGCUGGGAGUCAGUUUGGAUCCCUUGGAACAGGAAGCCAUGCAACUGGAACGGAUCCUUCAAAACGAUACAGAUACCGUCGAAGAGAAAAAGUCUGCCGAAAAAGAUUCGACUUGCGUAGAGUCUAGCUGUCAAACUGAAAUCGCGCUGCGAACGCACCGAAUGUGUCAAACUUCCGCGCUUUCAAUGCACAGUCGAGAGUGUCAGACGGAAACCAGGCUGGACAUGCCGGUGCUUGAAUGCGAAGAACCGGUGCUAGCAGUGGGCGGCAUUCAUCCCGACUCUCCGGAUCGAGCAGUCCCGGCAGGAAUGUCAGAUGCACAUCAAAUACGAGACACGAAUCGGGGCAUUGCGACCCCACCGACGACUGUCGUUGCGCAAGACCGUCCUAUACAGGAUUUCGAGAGUCUCGAAACGAAGCACGACGACAGCUCAAUUUUCGUGGAGUCCUCGACUGGAAAAGACAGCGACGAGACGGAUACGAUUCGAAAGAAACCCGUCUCCCUCCUCGAAUGCAUUCCGAAUAUCCCUCUCGUUAGUGACGGUGAAGAUUCGAUUUCACCGAUCCCUGAAUGCCCACUGCUUCCCCGGAAAACGGAAAAACACGUGACAUUCAAAGAAGACGAGACUUUCAUGCUGACAGAGCCCGCGGUGACCGAGUCAGCUGAUAACGGCGACGGAGAUCAAGAAGAUGAGGCCGAUGAUGAUUCCGAUGCAAAAAUGAUGGAAGAGGUCGAGAUGAUUCUGGCGGAAAUGUGCAACCCUUUCGGAAAGCCCAACGAGAGACUCCUCGCCGUGUCGCCGAUGCCUCCGAGCCCCGUACCGAUGCGUCGGAAGAAGAAAAAGAAGAAAGACAAAUCAGACCACCCGAGAAAACAGCUGAUUCAUCAAAACUCGAGCGGUUUCGAGCCUUUAUUCGCAGCCCCUCGCGAUAGUACGUCCUCGUCCCCGCUUUUCAGCAGGGUGCCGGAGCCGAGCUGUCUGAAGGCAGAAGUCACGCACAGCCCUAACCUGGGCAUGACGACAUUCAGUUUCCAAAUGCCCUCGAGCGGGACCUCGAAACUUUCGUUGGAAUUCGAUCAGGUCACAAAGCAUGUGAGACUGUCGUGCUCGGAUCAGAACGUGGGGUCUGGGAUCGGACAGAGCGACUCUAUACAGGACUCGAGAGCUUUGCUGUCCAGUACAGCCAUCGGAGACGUCUCUCGGCGGACAUCUUUCGGCUUCCCGGUACCCCCGGAAACACCGAGAGCUCCCGAAGAAUUCUUCGAAGCUCCGACGUCGUACGAACCUGGAGUUCCUCGACGCGAUAAAGUUCCUAAACCACGAUCCCAUCGAAGUAUCUCGAGCGAAAGGGAGGUCAUCGCAGACAAGAGCGAACCAGUAUUAUCGGACAACCACCUGGUGCGCCGUGUCGAGUCGCAUCACAGAGAGAUCCAAAGUCCAGUUUCUCCAGCAUUGAGAUCGAAACCGGAAGACGGGUCACCGAGCCAUGGAAGUCAAACCGGAAGCCCUGUCGCUCCCGCUAGCGCGAAAGUCCCUCCACUGUGCGUUCCGAACCUCUACCGGGUUCUAAACUUGGGGUUGAAACUUCGCGAUCUAAACGAAAAUGACUACGAUAAGGAUGGAUAUGAGGAGUUCCGAACGGUUGAAAGGAUUGACAUGACGGAGCCCUCCCGUUUUUUACCUUCCAGGCUGAGGAACGAUUAUCGUCUGAAACGGUUGUCGAAACGGAAGAAGAGCGAACCUCUCGUGAAGGAGUUUCAGAGAAAUGUGCUCAAGAAAUCGAUCGAUGCCAAAUUUCUGGAGGCUAAAGAGACUAUGCUGCAACGCAGAAUUCAAGCUGCGCCACAACUGGGCGAUUCAGCGGAAGGCGGAAAGCUUCCCUUGGAUUCAGAAAAGCCGGCUCUGAUGGAAUCCGACGCGGAGGAAUCAGCUGCCGGUCCGCCGGCCUAUCCAAUUCCAGCUGAUUCCGAACUCGCAGAGCAGACACCGUUCGGAAGCGUGAUCGGCGACUGCUCAGAGAGAGUGGUACAGAAGGAAGAAGUCGAGCCGCAGGAGAGCUCACAAGUCCAAUUAGAGCGGACACGGGAAGAAGCCAAAGUCGAAAUAAUAGAAUGUAGCUCGGAAUCACCGCCCACUUGGGAGUUGCGGUCGUGGGACGGUGAGCGGCUCGCUGCGGCUGAUCGCGACCGAGGGCAGAGCGAUUCAGAAGACGAAGAAACUCCGAUGUUCAUUGAUUACGAGGACGAGCAUCCGGAAACCCCGUUGAGUCCCGAGACACUUUCGCCGGCUGACAGGAGCGCAACCAAACGGAUACCCAUGGAAUUCAUCGAGGACAUCCUCUCGGAUAUCCGCGACACCAGGCUGGAGGCCAAAUCGAAUCAAAAUUUGAUCUCACCGCCGGCGUCUCCCUCAUCUUCCGAGAGUUCCCCGAUGCUCACCAGGCGCAAGUCGAAGAUGAUCCCUAAUUCCCCCACGACCUGCCCAUUGAUUGAUCGACCGUACACGAGGAGCUCCCUCCGAUCAUCCGCCAAAGUCGACGAGGCAUUACCUCCUCUGCUCGGUGGCCCGGAGAGCGCUCCGCCGAAACAAGCGGAAGGUAACGUGAGAACUCCAGCUCGUGCGGGUCGGAUGACCACUAGGAACGGGAUCGUCAGUCUGUUGAAAGAUUCGUACAUUCCUGAAAACGAGGUCUACGAAACAGGCAAAUUGUUCGGCUACGAUGACGUCAUCGUAUCCAAAGAGGCGAAACCAAUUGACGGGGAACAGACCGACUCGAAACGUGAUACUAUGCAAACAAUAGUCGGCUAUUUCAAACAAAAGCACGGUCGCUUCACCUCGAUCGAGGAAACGCUGAGGAAGGUUGCUGUGCUCCAAAUUACGAUGGAGGAAGCGUUGGCCCAAUUGGUCGAUUUGGAACACCUGAGAAAGCUUUAUGUCAGCUUCGUUUAUGUUCUGCUGGACAUCAACGAAAAGCUUCAAGUACAAACCCAGUCCCAGAUUACGGAGACUGAGCGGAACUUGGUGACGUUUUUCCUCAAAUACGUACCUCAGCUUAAGAAGUACGAGGGGAAGACGAAGCAUUGUAUCGGAUUCAACUGUAUAAACUUCAUCCGAGGCUACCUCAUGUCGCCAGACCGUUCGAAGAAAUCCAUUAUCGAGCUCUCUAGUCUUUUGAAAGUGAUUUCUUAUAUCGCAUCGGAGAUACAGGGUGAAUUCCUCCAGUUGAUCGAUGAAAUUUAUUAUUCGAUGGCGGAUCACAGCUGCGAAGCGGCUUAUCAUAUCGGCUGCAUGCUCGCUGGCUGGCCGCAGAGCCUCGAAGGCAUCAAAGUUGAUUCUCCCUUCGGAUUCGUAGUUCGAUACGUCUUGUUUCAUCACACCUCGACGGUUCCGCUCGAUGACUUGCAGACAGCCCGUGCAAUGGCUGUGCAGGCGGGCUGGACUCCAUUGAUCCAAGAAGGGCAUUCACUAACUGAAGCAAUAGAACGCUUCGCUCCCGUCAUAUUUUCCAAGGAGAGCAAAACCAAGUUCCUAUCGAGACUGACUCUGCAGUCGCUCGAAAUCAUGUUCCUGCUCCUGGGCGACGUCGGAGUAGCGAAGAAAAUUCUUGAGGAAUAUGUCCCGAAAUUGCUUCAGCAAGUCGAUCUCCCGGACAGGGACGUCAAUUCCUUAUUACAGCUCUGUGGGAAAGUUUGGACAAAAUUCGCGAAUUCGAAAACGGAGAGCAUUCCCUUUGAGGCCACCGUCGAAUCUCUUGUCGAUCUCCGAACUCGACUCAGGAACACCGAUAGGAAGGACGUCCAGGAGUUCUGUAACAAAGCUCUAUGGUCCUACGCCAAUUACGAUUCAUCGGAGACCGGUGCACGGGCUCGACAGAUCUGUAACAAGGAGCGUUUCAUGCAGCGUAAAGCCGAUAAACAUCCUGGCAGAGGACGUGGAAUGCAGAAGAGAGGUCGAGGGAAAAAGUCGUUUGGACAGAAGAAAAUUCCCAGAGGAAGUCGAGAAAAGACGAUGUGUUGAGAAAUGACCUUGUACAUACUGU